CGAUGCUGUUCAUCUUCUUCUUCUACCACCCGACAAAACGCGCGCAGACCCUGAACGCCGGCUGGAAGGCUCGCCUCGGGCAAUUCGAUCUCAUCGGUACCUCCGUCUUCCUGCCCAUGAUUGUGUGCUUGUUGCUCGCGCUGCAAUGGGGCGGCAGCACCUACCCGUGGAGCGACGGCCGCAUCAUCGCCCUCUUUGUCGUCUUCGGCGUCCUCUUGGUUGCCUUUGUGGCCAUUCAGUUCUGGAAGCAGGACAAUGCCACCGUGCCACCCCGCAUUUUCAAGCAGCGCAGCAUCAUGGCCGGAUGCCUCUUCUCAGCCAUGUUGGGUGCCGCUUUCUUCGUGAUGGUCUACUAUCUUCCCAUCUGGUUCCAAGCCAUCAAAGGAGUCUCCGCCGUCGAGUCCGGAAUUCGGAGCAUCCCGCUCGUCCUGAGUCUCGUGCUCUUCUCCAUAAUCAGCGGUAUCACCGUCACCGUCAUCGGCUACUACACCCCCUUCGUGAUUGCCUCGUCCGUCUUCAUGGCGAUCGGUGCAGGACUGCUCUCGACCUUUGAUGUGAACACCAGCGAAGGAAAAUGGAUCGGAUAUCAAAUCGUGUUCGGCAUGGGCGUCGGCAUGGGAAUGCAGCAGGCGCUCAUCAUGGCGCAAACCGUGCUGGACAAGAAAGAUGUCCCCAUCGGCACGACGAUCGUCAUGUUCGCGCAGCUCAUCGGCGGCGCCAUCUUCAUCUCCGUCGGCCAGAACAUCUUCACCAACAAGCUCCUGUCGAACGUGCAGCGCACGGUGCGCGACAUCAGUCCGAAAGUUAUUCUGGCGACUGGUGCUACAUCGCUCAAAACCGUCAUUCCCCCUGCGGACCUGCCGGCGGUACAAGUGGCGUACAAUGGCGCGAUUGUGAAUACCUUCUACGUCGCCGUCGGCGUCGCCACGCUCUCCAUGGCCGGUGCGGUGUUUUGGGAGUGGAAGUCGGUCAAGGGCAAGAAGAUUGAGAUGGGCGGAGGUGCGUGAUUCGACAAUGCGACCUGUCACUUUUCUCUCUCUUCUUUGAGCCUGUGGAACGUUCUACCCGUUCCGCGAGUCUAGACUUUGUUUUGUUGUUCUUUCUAUUGCUGCAUAGCGACGGGGGCUGCUCGACUCAAUGAUACCAAAGGGCGAUAGACGGUUGAGCGGAUGGAUAGAGACUGAGAACUUGGCCUAUCGAACGGUCGGGAUUUCACAGCACGAGCUGUAGGAUAGGUAUCAAGGACCAUCUGCUCAUGCUGAAGAUAGAGUGCCUCAAUUGUGCUAUACCCAAUUUCACGCUCCAUCCAGAUAACGGCCACGUAUCGUUGCUUGGUCAAUCUCGGGCGCCUGCAGGUCAUGGGGCUGCGUAACAUUCACACCAUGAUCCGCCACGACUUUUGGCCAUCUUGGCGUGGGUGAUUACCUAACGCAGCUACCC